AGUGUCCUAAAUUUUCUCCUAGGAAGCUUGACUUGUAGAUUUCGAAUGCGCGAAACACGUUUGAUUUCAAAGCAUGUAGAAAGCCCUAGAAUCUUCUAUUUGUGGUCAAUGCUUUUAUACAUAUUAUUACUACCAAAAAUCAGGAGAAUGAUUCCAGUUUGAAGCCAUCAGCAUUCUCGUUUUUCCAAAUCGGCGAAGUGCAUAUCUGUGUGCCAAUAAGAGAUAUCGGGUGAAAUGCAGAACUUAACUACCAGGGCAUAUGAGAGUUCUUCUUCCUCAGGAAAUAGCAGCAAUGAUGCUGGUGAUUUUGAAUGUAACAUCUGCUUUGACUUGGCACAAGACCCUAUUGUGACACUUUGUGGUCACCUCUAUUGUUGGCCAUGUCUCUAUAGAUGGCUACGGCUUCACUCACAAUCCCAUGAAUGUCCUGUUUGUAAGGCCCUUAUACAAGAGGAGAAGUUAGUCCCUUUGUAUGGUAGAGGGAGGACUUCAACUGAUCCAAGAUCGAAACCGAUCCCUGGGGUUGAAAUUCCUAGCAGGCCAGCAGGGCAAAGACCUGAAACAGCUCCUCCGCCAGUAUCAAAUGCUUUUCCUAAUCUCGGUUUUGGUCAUGUGGGAGGAUUUUUUCCAGGAGCAACUGCUAGUUUUGGUAACUUUACAAUGUCUGCUGGUUUUGGUGGGUUGUUUCCAUCGUUGUUCAGUUUUCAGUUUCAUGGAUUUCCCAAUCUAACUGCAUUUGGUGCAACAUCUAAUUACCCAUUUGGAUAUCCUCCUGCAUAUCGUGGGGUGAAUGUUCAUAAUGCUGCACGGCCAGCCCAAGGACAGGCAGAUAACAAUCUGAAGCUUAUGUUCUUACUUGUUGGAUUUCUUGUGUUCCUAUGUUUGUUUAGUUACUGAAUAAACUUUCCCUCUUCAUCUCAGGCAGCUGGUUCCUGAUACUAGUAUUAAUCAUUCUUAAUGGUUGUAAAUAUGUUGAACUUUUGCACUCAUGAUAAAGUUGCUACAUAAAAAGGAACUGAUGUGAUUAGCGGAUCCUGCCCUUCGCAUUUUCCGUGUAACAUAUUUUUUUCCCCUUAA